AUGUCUUCUACAAAAGUGGGGUGGACAAGACACCAACGUAUCCAUAUCUCAUUAGCAUUAAAAACUCUGGACCUUCAAAAAAACAAGUUGAGCCACUUUCCCAGAGGUCUUCCCUCUGGCCUGGAAAUCCUUCAUUUGGGUCACAACAGGAUACACAGCCCCCGAGAGUCUUUCCUGGUGGGUCUCAAAAAGCUACGGGUCCUGAACCUCCAGAAUAACCAGAUAAGCAGCCUGCAUGCCAACACCUUAUCAUUACUUGAAAACCUUGAUUGUCUCUACCUUGAUGGCAAUAAGGUCAAGUUAAUACAUGGUGCCCCAGGUUACCCAUGCUUUAUGCUAAUCAUGGGAAGCAACCAAAUCUCUUCGAUACCUUCUGAUUUCUUCUCUACACUUCCGCUUCUAAAACCUUUAGAUUUGUCUUCAAACCUCCUAACCAAAGUCCCUCGUGGCCUUCCACAGUCUUUGAUUCAUCUAAACCUAGACAGGAAUCAGAUACGGUCGCUUAGGAAUCCUGACAUGAUGUCCCAGCUGCACAACCUAGUAACUCUUUCUGUCAGCUUUAAUAGACUCUCAGUGGAAGGUCUUCGUCUGCCUGGCCUCUCUGUGUGUGAACUGGCUGGAAAUCAUUUACGAAUGCUGUCAGGCAGGUUGGGCUCUGAACUGGAGAAGUUUGACUGCAGGCAGAACAACAUUCAGGAAGUCACCUUUCAGCAAGAAGCAGGGAUGAGGCAACUUAAACAUCUCCUUUUGGAGAACAACACCAUCCGCAAUUUCGAAACCCAUGCAUUAAGGAACUGCAUGCAACUUUCUAACCUGGUAGAACAGAAUCUUCUUUCUGCUGUACCUCACGGGUAAUUACUUUAUGCAAUUAAACUAAGUGUGCACAAUAUAUCACUGAUAUUUUAUGAUAACGGCAGCAUUUUUAUAUUAAUGACAUCUGCUUGAUUUUGCAGAUAUUGGUAACAGACCGACUGGUCUGGUACUUUAUAAUUUCUUCAUCUGUCAGAAAUAAAGGCACAAAAGCUUUCACUGGGACGCUACCCUUUAAAUGUCCAUUUCUUGUGAAAAGGACAUUUCACAAGAGUUUUUAAGAUGUAAAAUAAAACGUUGGUGUCCCCAGAGUACAUAUAAGAAGUUUUAGCUCAAAAUAUUAUAGAGAUAAUUUAUUAUAACAUUUAAAGGGGACAGAGAAUGAAAAACCAUUUUUACCUUGUCUUUGCUGAAUAAUGGUAGUCUACCCACAUUCACAAAUAUACAAAAAGUGCUAAACAUGCUAAACAUCUCAGUCUCAUAGAAAUUCCUCUUUUAGAAAUGUCAGCCAGAAAACAGCCCAAUCUGAAAAACUGAUGCUUAUGACAUCACAGGCAUCUAACUGCCCUUCCACUUUAAAAUAAUUGUCUACGUUUUUUGAGUGGCAGCAAAGUCAGCCAAUCAGUAAUGAGAUUGCAAGUUAAGCCAGUAGGGGGAGCCAAAUAGGUGCAAAACCACUUGUUUAAAUUCCCCCUUCUAAUAGAGCUUUUUGAGAGAGGUUUUUAGGAAGCUUCGAAGGCAUUAUAGACCCAAACAAAAAAAAAUUUGUCUACAUGUCACAUCACAGAACAAGGAUAAAUACUCCGUUCAAUCAUUCUAUGUCACCUUUAAAAA